AUGGUACGUUUGAGUGUGAUGCAUGUUGCUAACAAUCAUGUUGGCAUCUCCAUACCCCUUGGAAUAGGCCUAUUUGUCGUGGUGUCUGCCAUAGUCGCAUUGUGUGCCAACCAUGCAAGACGAGCUUCAAGAAAAGAUCAAGGAAGUACAGAUGACAUAGGUGGUACUACUGAGAAGAUGUGUGAUUCAAGUCGAGAAGAUAAUUAUCAAGAAAAGUUUGCACCAAGAUCACCCUUAAGGUCUCCAAAGCAAUUGAUCACCACCAUAAGCAAUAAGGCUAUGACAUCGUUCAUCGUCAACCAUAAAAGAGGAAAGGGUCAUGAUGGUGGUGGUGGUGAUGCAGCGGUGGAGGAAGGAUUUGGACAAGGUGGUUUGUGGCAGAAAGAGAUAUUGAUGGGAGUGAAGUGUCAGCCGCCAGAGUUUUCAGGGGUAAUAUAUUAUAAUUGUGAUGGGCAUCAAGUUUCGGAGUUCCCUCCGAGAUCUCCGAGGUCACCAAGGGUAGCCCAUUCGCCGGAUUUUACUUUUCCGAUGAUCAAAAGUUCGGUUUAG